CACUUGCUGGGCUAUCAAGGCAAAAUCAGUUAUAUUAUCUUGCAGUAAUUGUAAAUAAUACGAUCGAGUAAAUUCUACAACAUUCAAAAUGAUCCAGUUUAAGUUUACAGUGAUAUUCAUAAGCUUUUUUCUUGUGUUCAAGUUAACCUACGCAAAAGAUACUAGUCAAGUGCCUACAAAUGAGAGGAAAAACCGUGGAUCGAUAUCCGAAGAGACAUUACAGUCGCAAUUGAUAAAUACUUACGGCAGCAAGUAUGACCGUAUGUUACAGAAACUUUCAAGGUCGAAAAGACUAAGUGAGGGUAAUUCUAGCGAAUCAAGUAGUAUUGCCAGUGAAAAUGGAAACUCGUCGAGCAGUUCAUCUACAGAAAGCCCGCCCGUCAUUUAUGAAUUCGGCGCCUCCAAUACUUCCUUAUUCGCGGUGGUGCCAGUUAACGCUUCGCCAUCCGCACCACCCAAUGCGUCAUCCGUCGGGCCUUCUGACGCCGCGCCACUGCCGGAAAAGAGUUCUGCCGAGGAUGAACACAAUAGUUCCAUGGCUAUAUUCUUUGUGUUGUGUAUUUUGGCGCUUGGAAUCCUCUUGAUACACCUUAUGCUACAAACUGGCUUCUCCUAUCUGCCUGAGAGUGUUGUUAUUGUUUUCCUUGGAGCCUUAAUUGGAAUGAUCAUUAACAUGAUGUCAAUUCGUAACAUCGCCAAUUGGCGUAAAGAAGAAGCAUUCUCUCCAACGGCUUUCUUUUUGGUGCUUUUACCACCUAUUAUAUUUGAGUCUGGAUACAAUUUACACAAGGGCAACUUUUUCCAAAAUAUCGGUUCAAUAUUACUAUUUGCUAUUGUUGGUACAGCUAUAUCUGCAUUUGUUAUCGGAGCGGGGAUUUAUUUGUUGGGGUUAGCGCAGGUGGUGUACAAGUUGAGUUUUGUGGAAUCCUUUGCCUUUGGUUCCCUUAUAUCUGCCGUAGACCCCGUGGCUACAGUGGCUAUAUUUCAUGCCCUAGAUGUGGACCCUGUGUUGAACAUGUUGGUAUUUGGAGAGAGUAUACUGAAUGAUGCUGUGGCUAUUGUUUUGACGACUGCUGUGCUCGACUCCAAUGAUCCAUUUAUGUCCACUGGAGAGGCCAUUCUCUCUGCAAUUAACAGGUUUUGGUUAAUGUUCUUUGCAUCAGCUGGUAUUGGUGUCCUCUUUGCACUGGUUAGUGCUCUUCUAUUAAAGCAUGUUGAUUUACGCAAAAAUCCUUCCCUAGAGUUUGGUAUGAUGCUGGUCUUCACUUACGCACCUUAUGUCCUGGCUGAGGGUAUACAUCUUUCAGGUAUUAUGGCAAUUCUGUUCUGUGGUAUUGUGAUGUCCCACUACACCCACUUCAACCUGUCUACUGUGACACAAGUGACCAUGCAGCAGACAAUGAGAACAUUGGCAUUUAUUGCUGAGACUUGUGUCUUUGCCUAUUUGGGAUUAGCUAUUUUCAGUUUCAAGCACCGUGUGGAACCGGCUCUGGUGGUUUGGAGUUUGGUGAUGUGUCUCCUCGGCAGAGCUGCAAACAUAUUCCCACUUGCACUACUGUGCAACAAGUUCAGAGAGCACAAGAUCACUAAGAAAAUGAUGUUCAUUAUGUGGUUCAGUGGACUCCGAGGCGCCAUAUCGUACGCGCUGUCCCUCCAUCUCGGAUUCUCCGACGAGACUCGCCACGUGAUUAUAACGACCACUCUUAUUAUCGUCCUGUUCACCACGCUGAUCUUUGGUGGAUCAACUAUGCCCCUGUUGAAGUUUUUACGGGCAAACAAGAAAACAAAGAAAUCGCGGUCAUUGCGUAAGCAGAAGGAAGUAAGCUUGUCCAAGACAAAGGAGUGGGGCCAGGCCAUCGACUCCGAGCACCUCUCCGAGAUAACUGAGGAGGAACUGGAGGUAAAUUACUCGCAUGCGACCCGCCUGCGCGGCUUCGUGAGACUGGACAUUAAAUACCUGAUCCCGUUCUUCACUAGGAGGUUCACGCAUCAGGAACUGAAGGACUGUAAAAGCCAGAUGACCGACCUGACCAACCAGUGGUACCAGGCUAUACGAAUAACGAACGAUCGCGAGACAGAUGAAGAGGAAAUCUUGCCGCAAAGCUCCCUUUCUAACUCCAACAGUAGUCUCCAGAGGGGUGUCUAAAAUAUGUGUCUGUAGCCGUGUAGCGCAAUCCAGUAAGCUAUGAUGUAAGUAAAUGCACAGAUGAAUAAUGAAGACUACUAAUCUCCAUAUGAACUCACUGAGAUAUUUUUACCAGGUGACA